AUGUGGGCAGAGCCAGUGCCAGUCAGACUCUGGCCUGAACUCCUAGCGAGCGUGGCUGUGAGGUGUGGAUGGUCGAGCCAGGUUCCUCUGGUGCUGAGUGGUGCCUGUUCUUGGCAGGUCCCAGUGCCAAUCCCAGAACAACCAGCAGGGUUUCCCCAGCCCUGCCUGGCUGGGGCAGAGCGUACUUGCAACACUGACAGGAAACAUCCCCCAGUCAGACGUGGGCAGGCGACGGGGCUUUAGGGAGGUGGGAGGGUGUCCUAGGGUGAUGUUAUGAUGCUUGUACCCCCAAUGGUGUGUUCUGUUCAUGAUGGAUAUUAUGUCCUGUGCCUUCAAGACUGGCUCUGAAGAGGGAAUAUUUUGUUUUGGUUUAUCAGCCUGCUCCCCCAUGGCUGGUGUGACACAGAGAUGGGGCAGUACAUAGUGUGGCGUUUGCUUUUUGCUUUGCUCUUGCUUCUGCUGUGCUCCUGCUUUGUCCUUGCUUUUUGCUUCUGCUCAUUAGUUAGUUUAGCUAAGCAGUCCAAAUUUUUCCCUAGACUGUUUUUCCUUUCCCUUUUUGGAACCACUCGAGCCUGCUCUGGACUGGGACCUGGGAAACACCGAGAGUUUGCAUCCUGUGGCAGCAGCAGCCAUCCCCAGCGCCGGAGGGAUUGAUAACAGAGCGACCACUCCCAGGAGAGACUCUGAACUUGUCAUUCUUUUCAGAUCGGUGAAAGAAUGCUGUCAUCUGAUAUUGUUCAGUUUGUGUGCUGGGGGUGUUUUGCCUGUUAAAUAAACAGGUUCUUUCCACUUCUCUCUGAGGAACGCUUCCUGAACCGGUAGGAUCAUUGCAGUGAGCUGGGCCCUGGCAUAUGCUGAUAGCACACUGCUAGAUGCUCUAGGGCAGCAGAGAGAGGAAGGGGUGCAGGGAGAUGAAUCAGCAGCUAUCCCAGUCACUCAGGCUGCAGCCAACACCCCAGGCUUGAAGCCAGCAGUUAAACCAGAGAGCCAGCCUAAGCCAGCAGCUAAACCAGACAAUAAGCCUCAACCAAUGGCUGCUGCUACUAGCACUAGAACUGGAAAGUGCACAGACAAGGCUGAUCGACCAGUGGAUGAUGAUGAUGAGGAUGGUGAUGAUGCAGGAGAAGAGCCCUCAGCGCUUCCUGACAUAAAAUCAGGUGCAAGAUAGAAGCCAAUAUUGAGUCCUUUUCCCUGAAGGACCUUUGUGGCCUAAGGAAGGAUUACACCCAAUUAUCUGAUGAAUCCAUAAUUAGCUGGUUAGUCCAUCUUUGGGAUGCUGCAGGCGAGGCUACAAUUCUGGAUGGCACUGAAGCGAGGCAUUUGGGAUCCCUGUCACAGGAUCCUGUCAUUAACCAAGGAAUGAUGAGGGGGGCUAACCCUCACAGCCUCUGGGCACAUUUCUUGGACAGUGUAGCACAAAGACACCUGUGUGCAGAUGAUCUCUGUAUGUAGUAAACCCAGUGGAAGACCAUAGAACAAGGGAUCCAACACCUGAGAGAAAUGGCAGUGGCAGAGAUUGUCUUCUCAGAUGACAUAACACCUAGGAAUCCAGACCUGGUAGGUACCAUGUGCAUCUGUGAUGUGGCGAAAACUUGUACGACUUGGGCCACACAAAUAUGUUUCUGCUUUAGCAGUAAUGAAGUGGGAUGACAGGGAUGAGACUGCGCUUGAUAUGGCAAAGAAGCUCCAAGCAUAUGCAGAUGCUGUACAGGGCCCAACACAUGCCAGAAUUGCCAGCAGUGGAAACACAUCUGCAGAAAUUAGAGGGCAGGAUAGAGGAGAAUAGUAAGAAACUCAGGGAGGAGAUUAAGGAAGACCUUCUGCAAAUCUGGGCAGUACCAAUCAGAGGUUCUGGUAUACAGAUGUUCCCUAGAUGAGGGAGAGAAGGUACACCUUCUCUGAGCUGAGCUGUGGUUCUUCCUGCGUGAUUGUGGAGAAAACAUGAGGAGAUGGGAUGGAAAAUGUACUGCUGCUCUGGCCCAACAGGUGUGUGAAUUGAAGGAAGGCAAGACUCCGAGAGGAAGUUCCAGCAAAAGGAAAGCAACUCCAGUUGCUUGUGGACAAACUGCCAGGUAUGAUGAUUAUGACGUGUCCAAUCCCCUUGAAGGAAUCUCCAAGACAUAUGCCCAAGGAAAGAAGGAUAACCAGGCUUAGAGGGGCCCUCCUCUAGCCAGGUAGGGGCUAGAGAAAAACGUGGUUUUUGGACUGUGUGGAUUCAUUGGCCUGGCACAUCUGAACCACAAGAAUAUAAAGCUUUGGUUGACACUAGUGCACAGUGCAUAUUAAUCCCAUCAAGACAUGUGGGGAUAGAAAUCUGUCUCCAUUGCUGGCGUGACAGAGGAAUCACAGGAUUUUACUUUGGUGAAAGCUGAUGUGAGCCUGACUGGAAAUGAGUGGAAGAAUGUGACUAUUGUGACUGGCCUGUUGUGACUGGCCCAGAGGCCCCAUGUAUGUUGGGCAUAGAUUACCUGCAAGUGGGUAUUUCAAAGACCCAAAUGGACUCGGGGACAUUCAGGAUAGUGGCUGUAGUGACACAGGGCAUCCAGCAAUUGAACCCCCUGCCUUGACUGUCCAAGAAUCUAUCUGCAAUAGGACUUCUGAAGGGAGAAGAGCAACAGGUACCAAGCACCAUUUCAACAGUGUAUCACCGACAGUACAGAACCACUCGAGGUGCUGUGGUUCCCAUCCAUAAAAUGAUCUGAGAGCUGGAGAGCCAAGGGGUGGUCAGCAAAACCCACUCACCCUUCAACAGCCCCAUGUGGCCUGUGCAUAAAUCUGGAGGAGGAUGGAGACUGAUGGUGGACUACUGUGCAUUGAAUGAAGUGACUCCACCACUGAACACUGCCGUGCCAGACAUGUUAGAGCUGCAGUACGGCUUGAGCCCAAGGCAGUGAAGUGGUACGCCACUAUCGAUAUUGCCAAUGCAUUUUUCUCCAUUCCUCUGGCAGCAGAAUGCAGGCCUCAGUUUGCCUUCACAUGGAGGGGCAUGCAGUACACCUGAAACCGACUGCCCCAGGGGUGGAAGCACAGUCCUCUGCCAUGGACUGAUCCAGACUGCACUAAAAAAGUGAGGCUCCAGAACACCUACAGUAUACUGAUGACAUCAUUGUGUGGGGGACCACAGCUGCAGAAGUGUUUGAGAAAGGAGAGAAAAUCAUCCAAAUGCUUCUGGAAGCUGGUUUUACCACCAAAAGAUCAAAUUUAAGGGACCAGCUUGUGAGAUUCAGUUCCUAGGAGUAAAGUGGCAAGGCAGAUGGUGUCAGAUUCCUAUGGAUGUCAUCAACAAGAUCACAGCUAUGUCUCCACCAACCAAGAAGAGGGAAACACAAGCUUUCCUAGGUGCCAUGGGCUUUUGGAGAAUGCACAUUCCUGAGUACAGUCAGAUCGUGAGUUCUCUUUACCUUGUCACCUGCAAGAAGAAUGAUUUCCACUGGGGCCCUCAGCAGCAACAAGCUUUUGCCCAGAUUAAGCAGGAGAUCACUCAUGUGGUAGCCCUUGGCCCAGUCUUGGCCCAGGACAGGACGAGAUGAGAAGAACAUACUCUAUUCUGCAGCUGGGAACCGUGGCUUGUUCUGGAGCCUUUGGCAGAAGGUACUUGGGGAGACUCGGGCUUGACCACUAGGAUUUUGGAGUUGAAGCUAGGUUUGAAGCAAACUACACCCCAAUGGAGAAAGAAAUCUUGGCUGCCUAUGAAAGAGUCCAAGCCACCUCAGAGGUGAUUGGUACAGAAGCACAACUCCUCCUGGCACCCUGACUACUGGUGCUGGGGUGGAUGUUCAAAGGCAAGGUUAUAUCCACCCACCAUGCCACCGGUGCUACAUGGAGCAAGUGGAUUGUUCUUAUCACACAGUGCACCCAAAUUGGUAAACUGAAUCAUGCUGGAAGUAAGUACAAAUUGGCCCAAAGGUGAAAAUUUUGGUGUCACAGAUGAAGAACAAGAACCAGUGACACGGCCUUAAGAAGCUGCACCAUAUAACCAACUGCCAGCAGAGGAAACACGCUAUGCUCUUUUCACUGACGGUUCCUGUCGCAUCGUAGGAAUGAAUCGGAAGUGGAAAGCAGCCGUAUGGAGCCCCACACCACAGGUCACAGAGGCCACUAAAGGAGAAGGUUGAUCAAGCCAACUUGCUGAACUUAAAGCUGUUCAACUGGUCCUGGACAUUGCAGAAAGAGAGAAGUGGCCAAAGCUCUAUCUCUACAGUGAUUCAUGGAUGGUAGCCAAUACUCCGUGAGGAUGGCUGGAGAGGUGGAAGGAGGCUAACUGGCAGCGUAGAGGAAAACCAAUUUGGGCUGCUGAAGAGUGGAAAGACAUCGCUACCAGGAUAGGGAAGCUACCUGUGAAAGUUCAUCAGAGAAAAAACAGGACCAGAUGGCUUUAUCAGAGAUGCCAUGCCAGGCUCAGGGAGAGCUGUUUCCAGCCCGAGAGCAGGAAGAGCAGCUCAGGAAGCGGGUGGAAGAGCCACAGCAGAAUGGCCAGAACAUCAAGGCAGAGAAACAAGCAGAGCUGCCCAAAGCUCAGAGUGCCAUCAUGGCAGUGAAGAGGAGGAAGAAGGAAGACAUGAGAAGAAUUCCAGAGGAGAUUCAUCUCCACCAGCACAGGGGCGAUCAACAAAAACAGGUAAGUGAAAGAGUGGCAGCCACUCCACCCAUGAAACAGCAUGUUUAUUCUUGCUUACAGACCAUCAAGGAAGAUGCGGAGGCAGAGCUGCAGGAAUCUGAGGAUAGGAACAAGGCACGGGUGAGGAGGCUGGAGGAAGAAAUGAAAAUCAUCAGAGAGAAACUUAACCGGCUCCCUUGGGCUCUACAAAAGCAAGUGACGAAAGGAACAGCUGUCUCUCCCGUGGCUCCCUCUGCUCCCAGAGAAGAAGGCAAAGAGGAGCAAAGGGAGCGAGAGAAGCAGAAGCAGCCCUCUGUUUUGACAGCCCAGGCUGCUCCUUGCAAGAGAGGAGAAUGGUGAACGUGGAACAUCCCGCAAUGAAAUACAUGGAACAGGAACACAUUGGCAGCGGGUGAGUCCAACUGCAGUUACUUCUGCACAGCCAUGGGCCAGGAGUUUUUCUGGUGGAAUGUCUAUCCAGCGUGAAGUCAGGCCAGAUGGAAAUAUGUUCACACCCUGGGGAUAGAUUGUCCCAUCUCUCAGUGCUGCUCAGAAUUUGGGAGUGUGCUCAGAAGGCUUUGUCAGAGAGAUCUCCAUGCUGCCGAGGUCUUGCCUGCAUCAAGGAACAAGACCUGGAAUAUCUCCUCUCUGUCAA